CCGUGUUGUGCCGGCGAGCUCCGAGCCUUCUAUUUGUAUGGUAUCCGUCCAGUGUACGUGUUGUGUCGGUCUAGUUUUCGCGACGUUUCGUCCCGUUCGAACGCGGACCUCGCCGAGUAACCAAUUGUUUAUGAUCUGCCAGUGCGUUUGGUUGUAAAUAUAGUGACGACCUAGCGCAAGACGGCCGCCGGUUUCCCGUUUCGUGAUGCAUGGUCGUCCCGCGCCCGUCGUUGGUCAGCAGACGCAUCAGCAAACGCAUCACCUGAAAAGGAAGCGCGCAUCACAUCAUGAAGGCUAAACUUAGAUAAUCACGGAAAACGGGUCAGCGGCGAGUACGCACCACCGCGCAGCAAGCGUGUUUUUGAUUUCACAUUCGUCUUCCACACCGUGCCCGAGAGUGACACCUUAGUCUAGGUGCUGGUUUACUACGAUCGGAUGGCGACCUACAACAAUGCUCACUGGUUGCUGUCGCACAUACGGAAUUCCUUCAUCUCUACCGACGACACGGGCGUCAGCGAAACGGUGAUGGUGAUGGAGGACAUACCGCAGCAGUUCGCUAGGAAACAACGUCAAACCGUGGCUCUACUGCGAGCGAAAGAUGCUAUCGAGGGUUCCAAAAUAGAACCCAAACCGGGACCAUCAUCGAGAAGACCAGGAGCGGCAUCGAGAAACGCAGCGUAUCGCCGACGGUGGCACCCGGAGGAACGGUUUGGGGUCAAUUAUCAGUUCUUCUACUCGUACCCCGGACUGGACGAUACGGACGAGGAGGAUGGCGAUGCGCUUGCCCAAUCGUACGAGAUCCAGAUGGAUCAGGAGGCCGGUGGUUUCCAUAGGCAGCGUUCGAAUACAGCGCAAAAGCUAGAAAAGUUAGAAAUCGCUCGGCGAAAGGCGGCACGAAUAAAGUGCGUGAAAAUGGACGAUCAUGCGGCACUGGCAGCGCGUGGUACGAGCACUGACGAUCCCCUAUUCGAGCGGCGCCCGGUUCCACGGACAGCGGCAAUUCCGGCCCAUGCCGACCUCCUAUCCUCGAUGUUGAGCGAACAGAUGAAUGCUCUUCCGAAUUUGCCACAGAAUCAAUUCCUCCAGUACGCGAAGUUUGAUGGCACGGGUCAUACCGAAAUGCCAACGCGUUCGUUUAAAAUAUUCCUCUCCAUGCUCCCCGAGGAGCAGCGUGCCUUUCCAUUGCCAGUACGCGUACACGCCACUGCCAAGAUACAGGAGUUUAUAGGGCUGAUUUGCUACAAGUGUACCGUGGCGUACCCGGAUACGGUGCUACGAUCCGUGGACAACUACGCGCUCUACAUGACCGAGGAGGACGGCGAGGUGGACAUGGAUUUUCCUCCACUCGAUCUCAACGAACCGUGUUCGAAGUUCCGGUUUACUCAUCUUGCGCUCGCCGAACGACGUGUUUCCGGUAGUGCAAGUCACACACCACUGCCAACAUCCGCCAGUGGCCAUUCGUUGCGAUUCGCCGGGUUUAGCACGGAACGGAGGACAAGUUUAACGGCCGCUACUACAAUCACGACCCCGACCGGCCCAACGACGACAAUGGCAACCGCGCGACCGGCUAGUGCCACGUUUGGAACGACCAUUGCAUCGGCCGGUGAACUUAGCACCGCGCAGCGCAUAAGCAAUCAGCAGCGGGAAGAUCUCGAUCGCAUCAAAGGGCACACGUCGAAAAUUGAGGCGCCGCUUUACCGCUCGUUUCAGGUGUACGUCAUACAAAAGUCGCGCUUGAAGACCGAAGUGCAGCUGGGCAUUUCGGGCGAUCGGUUCGAGAUUGAUCCGACGCCGCAGAAGGCGAGCAAAUUUUGGAACCGGCAAAAACCCGCCUACCAUACGAUGGACUCGGUGGCCGCCUGCUCGAUCAUCGAUCGUAAAGCCGCGAAAGCGCUCGUCCGGCUGGUGUACUGCGCGUCCGGAAUCGUGAGUCCCGGAGUUGGUGGCAGCAUGUCGGGAGGCCCUAUGGAGGCACCCGUUUCUUUCAAACACUACGAUAUCGAAACGGACCCGGGCACGGCGGAGCAAAUUGUCGAGAAAGUGAACAAUAUUCUCGAGGUUAGGUUAAGUCCGGUGCGGCGCGAAUACAUGCGAAGACGGGGAACCCUAAGACCACCCAACAGUGCGUAGUGUAUAGCUGGAGGAAGUGAGAGAAAGUUCUCUGAAGGAGAAAAGCAAAAGGAACGGAUACAAUUUUCCAAGCAACUGCCAUCAUGUGCUCAUCACAUAAAGAAUUUUUAUUCAUUCAUUCACACUCAUUACCGAUCAUAAACAGGGAGACAGGAGGAACGCUAUUUAUUUUAUCCAUUCCCACCAGAGCACAUCGAUCGCAUUUCGAGCAUCGUGAUCUCGGUGGAGCUGGCCCACGAAAACCUCAACCACCACAUAUAACACGAUGAAGCUUUAAUAUUUAUUUUUAUUAUACAAUACUUAGGUUCACCACCCACUGCCAUUACCUUUGGUCAUUCGAAACCACUUCUCAAACUACUGUGGAACUCCCACAGAGACUACUGUUCCGUGAUUCAUUUCAAGGGACAUUCCACCGCGGAUCAUGAUUGCGAUCGAUGCUGCCGACUUCUUCACCCCACGUAUGGAAACAAAAAAGACUCAAUAGAAUCGCUACAGGAUACCGCUAGCCAAUUCACAGCCACAACACAUAAACCAACACAUGUCUAACGAUAACAGUUGAGCGCGCGCAAGCUGCGUCAGCCGCAUGAUAGAUAGUGCAAUGAAAAGUGUUCUGUUUUUCUAAAGAUAAGAUUAUUUAAAUAGAUUUAAAAAGCUUUUUUCCUCAUACAACUAGCAACAACCAUACGAUCGAGUCAAGUGCAGCAUUGCAGAGUACAUAUGAAAAAAAAAAAAACUAAAAAACACCACAAGCCAGAUCAAGUGUGUUCAGUGCGCCAUAAGCAAAAAAUUCUCUUGGUAACAUAAUGCGUGGCAAUUGGGAAGAGUUUAAGGAGUUCCUAUGCGCCAAUAAAGGGGGGAAUCGUAAACAA